AUGGCCAAGAUUCUGCAGGUCAAGGUCAGCUACAUACAGACAGUAGAUUACGGUGACUACAUAGAGGGAGAACGCCUUGACAUGGGGUCUGUCAGGGGCUACUCUCGGGUGAAGCUUCGGGUACCUAUUCCGAUCAACGAAGAUCCACGCUGCCUUGAUGUUACUGUGGAUAAGGAUGCGGUGCACAUCAAGUUGGGAAGCUGGAUGGCUCUGUACCAUCCCCGGUUCCCCCUUGACGUGGACAAUGCACAGGAAAGAACGGCCCGGAUUGUCAGGAAGGGGCCCGACGUUUCCUUCAGGAUACAGUGCUCCUUUUACUUAGAGCUUGUGAUCCCCUUGCUUCGUAAUGAGGCGCAGGCUUUAGCUGACGCACGCAGCAAACUUGAAGAGGUCACCCAGAUACGCGGCGAGGAACGGCCCGUUCAAGAUGCUGACUCUCAGACAUCAUCCAGCAGACCGUCCUCUCACAAUAGUGAGCAAUCUGGUUCUGAGGAGGACGACUCACCUAUUCCAAAGGUUGAACCCUUAACAGAGUUACGACCCGGCGCCCCCAACCCUGUUGUGGAGUUGGCGCCGGGUGGAGACAUGACGCUCCAGUCGCUAAAGAAGCUUGCAGCUGGGUGGCAAAAGAAUACAACGCGUGGUAAGGUCGAAGAUAAGAUAGCCCAGCGAGCGAAACUAGAACAGAUUCAUCGGGCAUUUCCUCUUUUAACAGAUAGUCCGAAAGAUGCACCAACCUUUGAACUCCAGGGCUUUGUUUUUUCCUUUGCUAACCCUGCCCUUACAGCAGCCUAUAGUUCCAAUCUUAAGUAA